UGCUGCUGCCUGAUUCUGCAGACGCUGAAGAAAGAAAUCUAAAGAUGAAGACUUUGUCCGUCCUGGUUUUGUUGUCCCUCGCUGUCGUCUGUCUCACCUCAGAUGCCUCCCAGACUGCUGAUGGAAACCUCGUUCAGGAGGGUCCAUUUGUGGAGAAGGAGGAGGCCUCUGAGGUAGUGAGACAGAAGAGAGCUGCAGGACAAUUAUCCCUGGCUCAGCUCGAGAGUCUGAGUGAAGUAUGUGAGGCCAACCUGGCGUGUGAGGACAUGAUGGACACCCAGGGAAUCAUCGCCGCCUACACCGCCCACUACGGACCAAUCCCCUAUUAAUACCAACCAAAACAACUGACCCCACAUUAACAGCUGUAUUUCUUCAGGGAAUCAGCAUCAGCACCUUUAAAUCUGACCGGUUUCUUCUUAAUUAAGCUAUAAAGUCAUUUAACAAACCAGCAAGUGAGAGGGGACUAAAGGGGGAAAUAUGUGU